AUGAAGAAAAGUGUAGUCUUGAUUGGCGUUAGAUUUGUCGUAAAGCUUUUCUUUGAGAUCGACUUUUUCAACUUCCAAUCAAUGGAGAAAUGUUUGGUCAAUCAAUUCACAAUCAUUCAUCGUUCUGCCCUCUCCUUGAUGACAUGUCAACUUCAAGAACAUUAUUUAUUGUUGGAAUCGUAG